AUAUGGGGCGCUAUGGGGCGCUAUGUUGGCAGUGCAGGGUGGGCUGGUGGUCCGUCGCUGCGGCCCCGACGGUCAGUGGGUGACGGACGGGAGCGGGAGAACGUGGAGGGACCAUUCGCAGUGCGAGGACACGGAGAUGGAGGCGCCGCUGCAGCGCCAUGCCUGGCUGCUGGAGCAGUUCCGCCUGGUCUACACGGUGUGUUACUGCGUCUCCCUGGUCUCGCUGCUCCUCGCCCUGAUCCUGCUGCUGCUCUUCAGACGCCUGCGCUGCACCCGGAACUACAUCCACUCCAACCUGUUCCUGUCCUUCGUGCUCCGGGCAGCCGCCAUCUUGACCCGGGACGCGCUGUUACAUCGGCACCUUCGACCCGGAACCGGAACCGGAACUGGAACCGGAACCACCGACCCAAUGCAGCUCCUCAGCCGCGAGGAGGUGGCCGGGUGCCGCCUGGCUCAGGCCAUGACCCAGUACUGCGUGGGGGCCAACUAUGGCUGGUUGUUGGCCGAGGGGCUGUUCCUGCACAAGCUGUUGGUCCUCGCCACCUUCUCCGGCGACCGCUGCCUUCCUGCCUUCCUGCUGCUGGGAUGGGGAGCCCCCAUUCUCUUUGUGGUCCCGUGGGUCGUGAUGCGUUACCUCUAUGAGAACGAAGGGUAUGUCCGAACCCCCCAUUUAAUGCCCCCCCCCCCCCAUUUAACAGACCCGCCCCCCAUUAUGAAGGUUGGCCUAAUCAACCCUGACCGCAUCAUCCCCCUCCUGGGGGGCCUGGUUGUCAGCGUCCUCUAUUGCUUCGUCAACAAGGAGGUGCAGGCCGAAGUGCGCCGCGGGUGGCAGCGUUGUCGCUUGGCCGCCUCCUGCCCCCCCCACCCCACUCGUGGACCCCCCCGUGGACCCCCCCGAGGACCCAACCGUUAUAUGGCCGUGGGGGGGGGGUCGCACCCCCACCCCACCCCACAGGACACAGCGGAACCCCUGGCUGAGAGCUGCUGCUGA